UACGUCACCAGCAAAGGGCGAUCAGCACCACGGAUAGAUCUUGGUCAACAAGCCAGCGGCCCCCCGCUUUGUGUCGGAGCUCUCGACGAGGCUCUUCGCCUCACCUCCGCGCUCCACGGACAAAAUAGAAGGCUUUCUAUCAGGAUAUGUCGUCUCGGUUGUUCCGGAAGUAGCCGCACUAGCCGACCAUUUCGAGGAGGGGAAAGCGAGCAUCAGCAGCAGCAUCCUGAUGAUGGGGAUCAUGUGCUCCGAUAAUCGAUGCCAUCGUCGGUGUUUCUUUGCUGGAGGGCGCAGACACAUCUUUUCUGGACUCUGACUUGAACAAAAUCAAAACGCUGGGUGCCUUCUUUUUUUCUUUUUCUUUUUUACUCUCACGCCUUCCUCUACCUUUUGAUGGCGAGGAUGGCAGACGUGGCUGUUUUUGUGUCCCGCUUGACUGCUGAAAAAUGCAAAUGAUUGUUUUUGAACGAUACGGUCUGACUCCUAGAAUGCUGCAUGGGACAGAGCCCUCUUAAAAAAACGCCUCAAGCCAUAUUUUGUUUAUUUUUUAUUUUUGGAUUAUGAUUGUUGCCAAAGGUCCCAGAUGUGAGUGCGUGGAUGGCAUGUCGUUGUGUUCCCACACAGCCCGUCUUGAGUCGCCUUCCUCGGCUUUGCUCUGUCUAUCCCUCGCAGUCUUCUGCUAUGGGUAGCAAAACAUGUAGGACCUUCUCCUCUCUUUUAUGCCGCCAGCCGCUCAGUGCUCAUGACGAAAAACUGCCUUUUUUUAGGGAAAACACGGCUAAAUGGACCAAGCCGAACACAAAUAAUUGUGUCUGGCUCGGCUGAAAGGUUUGGAAAUCUUUCAUUUGUACCGCUUUUUAAACACACCCCUGGCUCAUUUAGUCCCCUGUGAUUAAUAAUUGGCCGUCUGAUUACAAGAAGAAACAAAUAAGUCUCCGUCUAUGUAGCCAAACAUGUUCAAGUAUCGGAUCCGCAUGUUUUUCAACGAACUGAAAGUGCUGGUGUUUAUGCGAUCCGAUUCGAGACAGUCCGGCCCCGACCCAGAGAGACGACCCACCGCCAUGCGAGGCUUGGGGAUGGGCGGCUGCGGCUGGCCGCCUUUCGUCGACUGCCAUUCCCGGGACGACGACGAGGAGUACUACGGCAGCGACCCGCGGCCCCGGAGCCUGGCCUUUGAGGACAAGGAGCCCAAGCUGCAAGUGGGCCUGGACGCCGUGUCCCUGGCCAGCACCGCCAGCAGCCUGCGAACCCCCCAGUGCCGGAUCUGCUUCCAAGGCCCCGAACAGGGUGAGCUGCUGAGCCCUUGUCGGUGUGAUGGGUCUGUUCGAUGCACCCAUCAGCCCUGCCUCAUCCGUUGGAUCAGCGAAAGGGGCUCUUGGAGCUGUGAGCUUUGCUACUUCAAGUACCAGGUUUUGGCCAUCAGCACUAAAAACCCCCUGCAGUGGCAGGCCAUCUCUCUGACAGUGAUCGAGAAGGUGCAGAUCGCGGCCAUUAUCCUGGGCUCCUUGUUCCUCAUUGCCAGCAUAUCCUGGCUCAUCUGGUCGUCCCUCAGCCCCUCGGCCAAGUGGCAACGUCAGGACCUGCUCUUCCAAAUCUGCUACGGCAUGUACGGCUUCAUGGACAUCGUCUGCAUAGGCCUCAUCAUCCAUGAGGGAUCGUCGGUGUAUCGGAUUUUUAAACGAUGGCAGGCUGUCAACCAGCAGUGGAAAGUUCUGAACUAUGAGAAAUCUAAAGACCUGGGUGACCCGGUGAGUUCAGGCGGCAAGGCGGGGGCCCGUGGCUCUCGCGGUUCUCCUCACGGGCUGGCCGGUGGCAGUGCAGGCCGCCACGGUAGGAGGCUGAGAACUAUUCUGAACCACCACUGUGGAUACACCAUCUUGCACAUCCUGAGUCAACUGCGACCCAACGACCCUCGAAUCAGCGCCGCAGCCAACCGCGAAGUGGUGAUGAGGGUUACCACCGUAUGAGGCACGAUCCGGUGUGCCGUGGGAGGAACCUCGCCUUUAAGUCCGGAUGAACAUGAGCAGAGGGACCUGAUAUGAAACAUGAAAAAUGAAAUAGUAAAAAGACUCACAGAGGAAGCAAAGUAAUGCCUUGAGCAUCAACAACACACCAAGAUAGUUGCCAGGAGUUUUCCUCUUGUUUCUUACAACUAAGAGUAGCCAGCUGCUCCUUUUCAAUAAUAAAGGAAGUGAUGAAAAAAGGACAAAACACAUUUAAAAGACAUCAAGGAAAGAAGGAGAGGAGGGAGGGAGGGGGCAUAAACAGGCUUUACAACCUAAUCCAAGAUGAUGAGAUGUUUUUUCCAGUUCAACAAAGGAUGCACAGAGACCUUUCUUUCAGUCCAUCCUCUCAUUCGAGUUCCAUCUCUACUAGUUUGGUUUUUCUACUCAAACGUUUGAUUUUGUACGGAUGUAUGAUUUGACAGGAAACCAUGUAACUCCUUACAUGUCAAGCAUCUCCAGACACCUGUGUAUAAUUAUUGAUUUUAACAAAUUUACCAAUGCUGGGCAAUAGACCGAAAACUGAAAGAAAACAAACUCAUGAACAAGUCUAGUAAAAAUAAAAAAUUUAAAAAAUAUAUUAAUAUAUACAUCAACAAGAUUUAAAUACCACAUACCUUCUCUGCAAUAAAUACAUUAUAUGUACAUUUCACUGGGAAUUUUGCAUGGGUAUAACAUUUUAUUUAUCACAUAACAUUAGCACAUGACAAAUUUGAAUUUUUUCGAAUGGUGCUUGCCAAAAUAAACAUUUUGAAAACAUUGGAUUCCAUUGUACCAACUUUUUGUCGACGUGACAAAUGGCAGUGUUUACAGCUGUUUCAGCUCAAGUACAGAUUGUUGCUACUGCUGCUGCUACUGCUGUGAGUUAGAUUUGAUAAGUAAACUAUUGGAUUAAAAA